CCCCCCCCCCCCCCCCCGCCAUGGCGGGCGGCCCGCAGGAGAACACCCUGCUGCACCUCUUCGCCGGGGGGUGCGGAGGAACAGUUGGAGCCAUCUUCACGUGUCCCCUAGAGGUGAUAAAGACAAGGCUUCAAUCCUCCAAGCUGGCCUUCAGGACUGUGUACUACCCCCAGGUGCAGCUGGGGACCCUCAGUGGGGAAGGAGUGGUCAGGCCAACGUCUGUGUCCCCCGGGCUCUUCAGUGUUCUCAAGUCAAUUCUGGAAAAAGAAGGACCAAGGUCACUCUUCCGAGGGCUGGGUCCAAACUUGGUUGGAGUUGCACCAUCAAGGGCUGUCUAUUUUGCAUGCUACUCCAAAGCCAAAGAGCAGUUUAACAGCAUGUUUGUGCCCAACAGCAACAUUGUGCACGUCUGUUCUGCAGGUUCUGCAGCCUUUAUCACAAAUUCCCUGAUGAACCCUAUAUGGAUGGUGAAAACAAGAAUGCAGCUGGAAAGGAAAGUGAGGGGCUCCAAACCAAUGAAUGCUUUGCAGUGUGCUAGAUAUGUUUACCAGACAGAAGAGGUGAUCCGGACACGGCUGCGGGAGGAGGGCACCAAGUACAAGACGUUCCUGCAGACAGCUCGGCUGGUGGCACGGGAAGAGGGGUACCUGGCCUUCUACAGAGGACUCUUUGCCCAGCUCAUCAGGCAGAUACCAAACACAGCCAUUGUCUUGUCCACCUACGAGUUGAUUGUCUAUCUCUUGGAGGACCACACCAAGUAGCAGAGCCAAGAUCCCUGUUACAGACUGAAGACCAAUUUCUUCAUUGAACAAAAAGUCCUUUAAGAGACUGUUGCAGGUGGCAGUGCUGGUGGAAACACUACGAGUCUGUGACCAUCUGUGGAUAUUUCCUUUUGGACUCAUGCUUUCUAAAAGGUCUCAAGUCAUUAA